UUUUGGUACAGACUACAAAAUGCCAAGCCCAACAUGCCCCUUUCCCAUGGUGUGGGUAUGGGAAUGGCUAUGCUUUUAUCGCCUUUGAAACCACUGGCCUUCUCCUCCUCUGCAUUCUCUCAGGACCCAUCAACAUCAUCAUCAUCAUCAUAUCGACCUGCUGUUAUUCUUCCAGGUUUGGGGAACAAUUCAGCCGACUACCAGAAGUUGGAGCUUACUUUGAGUGAGUAUGGAGUGGCCACAGUAGUUGCUAAGGUGUCAAGACUUGAUUGGCUGAGGAAUGCCGCCGGUUUGGUUGACCCAAAUUACUGGCGGGGAACUCUCAGUCCUCGCCCUGUACUUGAUUGGUAUUUGAAGAGGGUGGAUGAGGCCGUACAAGAGGCGAAGGAGCUGGCACAAGGUGGGAAAUUAUCCCUGAUUGGACACUCAGCAGGAGGAUGGCUUGCACGUCUCUACAUUGAAGAAUUUGGGCUGUCCGAUAUAUCCUUGUUGUUGACUCUUGGAACCCCCCACCUGCCACCACCAAAAGGUGUGUCGGGGGUUAUUGAUCAAACGAGAGGUCUCCUGGAUUAUGUUGAUAAGAAUUGCUCAAAAGCUGUUUACACUCCUGAAGUGAAAUAUGUAUGCAUAGCAGGGAGGUAUCUCCAAGGUGCUCGUUUGUUUGGGAACUCAAAUGAAAGUAUUGAUUCUGCACUUCCAAUAGCGAGUGUAGAACCUUCAUCAGAGGUUGCUGUCAUAAAUGAUAUGAGCACUUCAACAUCAACCACAACCACCUUGCGUGCACGCUUUGUUGGGCAAGGGUACAAGCAGGUUUGUGGGCAGGCAGAUGUUUGGGGAGAUGGGGUUGUACCAGAAGUAUCAGCCCAUCUAGAGGGUGCACUCAAUAUUAGCUUAGAUGGUGUUUACCACUCACCAGUUGGUUCAGAUGAUAUCUUGAGACCAUGGUAUGGGUCUCCUGCCAUUGUAGAGCAAUGGAUACAUCACCUCCUUACCUAAUGGCUUCCAACUUCUAAGGCAAGUAAUGGUAUUCUUCUUGCUAAUGGUGGAGGAUAGUCAGCUUAGUCCUUUUGCCCUAAUCUCCCACGACUACUCAUGUAACGGCAAAGUCGAUACCGGCAAAGAGUGGCAGAGAGUUUUGGGGGAUUUCGGUGUGGGUUUUUGUGUAGAGCAACCUCAUUAGGUUUUAAUUUUUAAUUUUUAUACAAGCGAUAUUGCCGGAGAUUAGAAUGGAAUCUAAAUGUUGUUAACCAAUCCUUAGGUUUUAGAUGGAUUAAGAUGUGUCCCUAUUAGGUGUAGCUAAUCAAAACGAUCAGACUGAGCACAAGCCAAUAAUCACGUUGACUGCAUAGUGAAGUCAAUGCAAUCCACGGCAAUAAGAUGCACCAUGUGUUAUUAAGUCAAUGCAAUAAUCACCUACAGUAACACGGCCACUAAAUUGAACCCACGACGCCAUAAUUAACAAUGAGAUAUUACCAAUUAUUCUACUGGGAUAGUGAUGAUAUAUAUUGCCCUUUUUCUUUUCCAAAAGUUAGGAAAGAGGAAAACUCACACACCUAGGAGCUGUCCUCCCAUCCUUUACACUACGAUCUGCCAACCUCUUUUGAUAAAAUUUUAAGAGGGAGAAAUUAAGA